UUGGGGAAAAGCAAUAAGUAACCAAACCUAGAACUUCAAUUUUCUCGAUCCUUUUAUCAAAUUGAGCUGUAAAUUCAUCAAUUGCAGCUGCGGGAGGAGGAGGACGUGGUGGAGAAUGGCGGAACACUUGGCCUCGAUUUUUGGGACGGAGAAAGACAGAGUGAACUGCCCUUUUUACUUCAAGAUCGGAGCUUGCCGUCACGGCGACCGCUGUUCUCGCCUCCAUACCAAGCCUAGCAUCAGUCCGACUCUGCUUCUCUCCAACAUGUAUCAACGGCCUGAUGUGAUUACUCCUGGCGUCGACGCCCAGGGCCAGCCGAUCGACCCUCACAAAAUGCAAGAGCACUUCGAGGAUUUCUAUGAAGAUCUUUUUGAGGAGCUAAGCAAGUAUGGUGUGAUUGAGAGCUUGAAUAUUUGUGACAAUUUGGCUGACCACAUGGUUGGAAAUGUCUAUGUCCAGUUUAGAGAGGAAGAGCAAGCAGCAAAUGCAUUGAAAAAUCUCACUGGGCGGUACUAUGCAAGACGGCCCAUCAUUGUUGAUUUUUCACCUGUGACUGAUUUUCGUGAAGCUACUUGUAGACAGUAUGAAGAAAAUACAUGCAAUCGUGGUGGCUACUGUAACUUCAUGCAUCUCAAAAGGAUUAGCAGGGAAUUGCGACGUCAGUUAUUUGGGAGGUAUCGCCGAAGGCGCAGCCGGAGCAGGAGCCGAAGCAGAAGCCCUUACAGGCAUCGCAGCCAUGAAGAGCGUUCUCAUCGUCACAGUAGAAGGUAUGAAGACAGAGAUUAUCACCAUGAGAGUCGAAGCAGGAAGCAUAGGAGCACCAGUCCUGACCGUAGGAGGGGAAGAAGUAGGAGCAGGAGUCCAGGUGGCAGGAGAGAUAGAAGUCCUGUUAGGGAUGGUAGUGAAGAGAGACGUGCUAGGAUUGAAAUGUGGAACAGAGAAAGAGAAGAAGCAGAACUAGCGAAUAAGAUCAAUGAUAAUAGCAGCAACAGGAAAAACGAAAGUGAGGACAAUGGGUAUGCACAAAAUGGAGAUCAGUAUUAUGGACAGGAGCCACCAUAUGGAUAUCGAACUGACAGUGGUGGUGUGCAGGUUUACAGUUCUGUGAUAUGGCUUGUGAAAAAAAUAUGCACCCUUUUUUGGCUUUCUGAUUUCAUCAUAUUGUGUCUGUGCUUGAAUGCAUUGCAUGAUCUUUGUUUGAUUGUAGCCAGCCACAGUGUAAAAACUAAUCUGUGUUGUCUGUGCAUCUAUAGCUCAUACUGUCUUACAUCAUCAUUCAUGUCUUUUCUGUCAUAACAAUAGUAGAGAUCAGUUGAUGGUAAAUCUUUUUAUGGUUCUUUAAAAAUUUUUGAAGGCAAUCCAUGUGUUAGAUUUUUUUUUUCUUCAUCCCUGUAAUGGGAACAAUUACUUGAGGAGUUUCAUUGCUCAAUUAUUUAAGGUAAUUUCCGGUGUAAAUUUUGUGUUGGGCAAGUUUUUCAAGCCUGAUAUCUUUUAAACACACUUGAGGGAGCCCUUCACUUUGACAUUUUGAUUGCAUAGACUUGGUGUUUUCGGUUCUGUGUUAGUUGUGAUGUUGUUGCUUGUUGAUCAACUUUACCAUGUCUGUCUCAAUGUCAUUUUUAGCUCAUGAGCAGAUCUUGUCAUGAUUGUUGUAUGUUUUCCUGAGUUUUCCUAGCUUUGUUCCUUUUUUCUUCUUUUAUGUAGAAGCAGAAUGCUUCUAGUAAAUUUAUACAUAACGCAUGGGUAGGGUCUUGUGCAAUUAGUUGUGGUCUUGGUUUAGGACAUCAUUGGGAAGCGUGUUGUAGUAGGAAUACGAGCUGUAAUAAUGCAUGCGGUGUGCAUUUUUCGUUUAUUAUGCGUGUGCAGUGCAUGUUUCUGAAUUCUAUGUGCAGUCAGGUAUUCUGUCACCGCAACAAAACCAGGCUAGUGACCUUGAACUUGUAUUUCUUUGCUCUGAAAUUUACUUUAAAAAGUGUUAUCUUACAGCAUCUCGAGUUUUGCAGGUCCAGGUUUCCCUGCUUAAAAGGACCAAGAAUAUAUUUUAACUAAGGCUUACCAUGGAAUGUGUACAGGUUUUGCCAAGUCAGAGAAUUUGAUCCAACAGGUUUGAUGUGACAGGGAUGUGCAGGAUUUCAAGGGCAUAGAAGACUAAUGGAUGCUAGAGUGCCUUUGGCUCCUGAGCUGAAUUGUUAUGAUGAGCAUAAUCUGUUGUAAACUUUUUCAGGUUGUUUGUGUAGGUUGGCUGAUGGCAAUUGCUGUUUUUCCUUUGUUGGGUUUACGCUCUAGCUAUUCGUAGACUGAACAGUUUCUAUGAAGUUUUUCAUUUUGUACUGGUUUGUAAUCAUAUAAGACGAGCGCAAUCUUGGGAGUUUCUCCUUGGUUUGCUGGUGAGUUUUGCGAGUGUCUUUGCAUUUUUGUUCUGGAGUAAAUAAAUGAAUGGGAUCCCUAUA